CCAGGCCGAGUGGCAAACGGUAAAGGCCCGAGUUUUGCUUCGGUGAUCAUGUGGAACCAUACUGCUUUCACCUCACUCUCCAGAUAUCAGCAGUGCCCCUUGUCUACAUCCUGUGCCCCAUUAUUCUGGACUUCAAAGAGCAAGUGCCAGGAACUUCAUAUGAGAAGACAGAAAAUGUGGAACCUAUUGAAGUGUAAGAGCAGAGUGAAAUCUGCCAAAAUACUUCCAAGUAACUUGAUACAUACUUCCUCUGUGAGCUUCAAAACAAAAAAUAAACACCAGCAAACAAAAAUCCCAGUAUUAGAUGGGGACAUCCCUUCCCUUUAUAGACACGUAUUUGAAAGCAAUUCAAAGAACAGUGAGGUCUGCAUUCAAAGGUACUCAGAGUUGCUUGAGAAAGUCAGUAAAGGAGGAGGGGAAAAUGCAAUAUUUCGUCACACUCAGAAGAACAAGAAGUUACUUGUUCGUGAACGCUUAAAGAUGCUACUUGAUGAUGAACCUUUCCUUGAGCUCUCCCCUUUUGCAGGCCUAGAUAUGCCUUAUGGUGAUGUUCCUGCUGCAGGAUGCCUCACUGGAAUUGGCAAAAUAUGUGGGAUUUGGUGUGUCUUUAUAGCAAAUGAUGCAACAGUGAAAGGUGGGACCAUUUAUCCUGUUUCAUUAAAGAAACAACUAAGAGCUCAAGAAAUAGCAAUUAAAAAUAGACUUCCAUCUGUUUAUCUUGUGGAUAGUGGAGGAGCUUUCUUGCCACUUCAGGCAGAGAUAUUUCCUGACCAGUUCCAUGGAGGCCGAGCUUUCUACAAUGAGGCUGUGAUGUCUUCAUUAAGAAUUCCUCAGAUAGCAGUUGUGUGUGGCUCUUGUACUGCUGGAGGUGCUUAUGUUCCUACAAUGGCAGAAGAGACAGCUAUGGUCGAUAAAAUUGGUACCCUUUUCCUUGCUGGACCCCCUUUAGUUAAAGCUGCCACAGGAGAAGAUAUUAAUCCUGAGGAGUUGGGAGGAGCCAUAUUGCAUUCUAAGAUCAGUGGUUGUGUUGAUCAUUUUGCAUCUUCAGAAAAAGAAGCAUAUGAAUGUAUUAGAAACAUUAUUUCCACGCUAAAUUAUGAUAUUACUGAAGAAGAGACUCUAGAGUUUGACAGCCCUUUGUACAAUGCUGAUGAACUUCUGGGACUUGCUCCGCAGGACUAUAGCUACACUCUUCAUAUAAAAUUGAUUCUGAGUCGUAUGAUAGAUGGUAGCAGGUUCCAGGAAUUCAAAGCUAAUUAUGGAACAACAUUAGUAACUGGAUUUGCUUACAUAGAAGGACAGCUAGUUGGAAUAGUGGCUAACAAUGGUGAGCUGACUCAUGAUGCUUCUCUAAAAGGAUCCCACUUCGUGCAGCUUUGUAACCAAAGAAACAUUCCAAUCUUGUUUAUUAUGAAUACAACUCCGUACGCAGCAGAGCCAAGCAGUCCAAAACAGGCAGAGGACCAUACUAACAGAUUAAAAGCACAGGCUUCCAUGAUGUCUGCAGUUGCCUGUGCUGCCGUUCCCAAGAUAACCCUUGUCAUUGGUGGCUGCUAUGGAAAUGAAUGUUAUGCUAUGUGUGGAAGAUCAUUUGAUCCAAACUUCCUGUUCCUCUGGCCGAAUGCAAGAAUUGCCCUUGUGGAUUCAAGACAUUUUCCUACAUUUUCGCUCACUUUGGAUGAUGACUGCUCAGAAACAGGAGUAGAUCUAACAUUUCUAAAGGAAAAAUUAAAGAAAGAAAGCAGUGCAUUUUACUCUACAGCCAGGAUCUGGGAUGAUGGUGUAAUUCUGCCUCAGAAUUCAAGGAAGGUUAUUGCACAAUGUUUAAGAAUUACAAAACAGCAGAAACAACAGAUCAUGUCCUUGCAACAGUCACCUCUGCCUGUCUUAAGAAUGUGAGCAGGAAAGCCUGCCUAGAAAGAAUGGAAUGUGAACAUCUGAUUGUAUUGAUGCAAAAUGUUAAGUAGUUGUAUAUUAAAAUGAGAAUACCAUUAUGAUA